UUCUUGGAUUAGAUGGUGUUGGAAUGAUGAUUCUAGAGGCAUUAGAAUUAUUAGUCUCGGGAGUAUUAGAAUCAUUAACCUUGGGGGGUGCACCAUCAACAUUUGCGGCAUUAGUCCUUAGUUGGAAAAAUGUUAUGUAG